CGGACUUCCUGAGAUGUCCGGUCGCGUCCUUGUCCAUUUCCCGCAUCAUUAUUGACCAAAGACCCUCGUUCUCGGAUCAGGCCGAUUGGUCAAAGGGCCUCUGUUAUAUCCUUAUUCGGUUGUCGACCUCGCUUGGCUAAACGACAACCUUUCCCUUGCGAGCAACAAACCCAUGUAGGGUCAGUUCUUGAGACUCGUCUUUGGUAUCAGCUUCCAUCCACGACGACACGAAUUCGAAACCAGCCUUUUUAAGGACGUUUUGACUCGGGGCGUUUUCGCUCAUUGUGACGGCUGAGAUGCACUCCUGUUUGACAUCGCCGUCCUCUUCAAGAACUGUGUUCUUGUCCACUGUGAGUUCAACUUCGUUCCUUGGCAGCGACCACCACUUAUCGAGGUAGACUUUCAUAAACUCAGACGCAUAGCCUUUGCCCCAAUGCUCUUUCAGAAAGAUAUAUCCCAGAGCGGGCCAGCCUAGUUCACUCGACCAUACGCAGGUGCCUCCUAAUCCGAUGGGCUCACCAGUCUCGAUAAGUGAGAUGACCCAAUCGUGCCUCUCGACAUCCUUUGGAGGUAGGCGAAGACUCAGGCUCUUUUCAGUUUGUUCCAUCUCAACAUCGGGACCUCCUUGCGACGACCAUUUCAUGCCAUCUGGAUCUGUGCGAAGAGCUCGAAGAAACCCGAAAUCAUCCUCAGUCAUAUGACGCAUUGAUAGACGUUCUGAUCGAAAAGUGCUUCGUUCAUGAUUGGGUGGAAGUGGAUAAACGGGAAGUGUUGUCUUGACUGUUACAAAGUCAAUUGACGAAGGUUUUGUGGACUCCAUGUUGAAAGUUUAGGACCUCAUAUAUCUUCUAUCUCCGUUAUCACUCCGAGAUCGUCUAUACCAAGUCAAAGAAUUGUGAGUCACGGGCUAUCUUGACCGUUGACUAUGAGUCGAAUCAGCAUGCUUCAAUUUCAGGUGUGACAAAAGUUCCCCUCGGCACCCGACAACUGGGGCAAUAUUCGCACUCACUACGUAUGUCUUCAUUGGUGUCAGGCGACUUGAAACUUGAAUCGAGGUGCGGAAACUCACUAACCCAAGACCUGCUAGAACUUCCCUAAUCUAUAAUAACUUUAUCUAAACAAUUUCUUAGGUUCAAAGUCUCAGUUUCCAGCCAUCCCCAAGCCCGUUCACGGUGUCUGGACUAACUAAAACCGUUGAGAGUUAAUAAGGGAACUUGAUAGGCAGAAAGGGAAUCAGGGUCGAGACAAGAGACAAAUGUCACCCAUAAAAAAUCUAAACGUCACUAAAGUCGAGUCGGGUGGGGCCGCGCCGGCACUUCCUCUGUCUGCUACAGAUUGUCAAUUCUUGCUGUUAUUUGCUUACUUGUCUUGCUUUAAGUUAAACUUCAACGCAUAGCCAUGAUUAUUUGAGAUAAUCACUGCGGCAGUCUCGGUUUAAGUCAUCAACAUAAUUAUUUAUAUAUUAUUGGCCAUAAUCGCCCAGAAUGAGCUCCCGCGAAGGUCGUCCGGCCAAAGUACUGAGCUGUUCAAACUGUCGCACACGCAAAAUCAAAUGCGACAAGAUACAACCGUUAUGCGGUCAAUGUUCUCGCUUUGGCCUCGACUGUGUCUUUCCCUCAAGAAAACCAACAAGACGUGCUCCAAGGCCUCGCCAGAGUGAACUACUCGAUAGGAUCAGUCGUCUUGAGAGCAUCGUCAACCAGGCUGACCCCGCCAAACUGAAGCAAUUGGACGAGGGGGACAUUCAGAGUCUCCAAGGCUCAACUUCACUUUCGGCAACGCUGGAUAACCGCUGUGAUGAAUCUCAAGCAGUAGCAGCGCAGGCUGCUAAUUUAGAGACUGGCGAACAGUAUCUCGGUUCUGGCUUUUGGGGAAACUUAUGUGCUGAGGUUGAGGGAAUUCGACAAGCGUUGAAUCAACCUUCUGAAGACAGUGAUGAUGAAGAAGAGGGCGAAAGCCCAGAGUCAGUAGAUGUGGCAUCUACAGGUCCUUCGGGCUUCUUACUUGGAAACUCUGAUUACACAUCGAGGCAACCGCUAAUACACCCUCCACCGAAUAUGAUGAUACGGCUCUGGACGAUUUACACCCGCAAUGUCGAUCCUCUCAUGAAGAUUCUGCAUCGACCAACCAUCAGCAAGCACUUCCAGGCUUAUAUCGAGUCACCGACAACACAUACCUUCACUCCUGAGAUCAACGCUGUCUUAUUCGCCAUCUACUUCUGUGCAGCUGUUUGCCUGACACCAGAAUCGUGUUUGAAGCAGCUGGGCGAAAACAAGGAAAUUCUCACAAGGCGAUACCGUGUUGCGGUUGAGCGGGCACUCGCCGAGGCAGACUACCUCAGCACAACCAAGAUCGAACCUCUCCAAGCCCUGACACUGUACACGAGCAUGAUGCGUGUGCACUUACAUGACCGGACGUCUUGGGUUCUUACGUCACUUAUUAUCCGUAUUGCCCAAGGACUUAAUCUCCAUCGCGACGGCGACGGUCACCGCUUUACACCGUUUGUUGCCGAGAUGAGGCGCCGUCUAUGGCAUUUCAUCGUUGUUCUCGAUAUCCGUGGCUCAGAAGACCGUGGUUCGGAUGCAACGCUCACUCGAUCAGGCUUCGAUACCGCGGAGCCCACCCCCAUUGAUGAUGACGAUUUCGGACCGGAUUCCAUAGGUCCCUUGAUACCCAAAACAACGCCUGCCGAGAAUGUUGUCUGUUUGUGUACUGCUAUGUGCUCAGGCAUCUUCGGCUUCAUAUCACACCCACAUUACAGCCCUAGAGGCGAGCCAGAACAUUUCCUGUAUACGGAAGAGGAGCUUAUUUCUCAUAUACGUCAACUAGAAACCAGCUUCAUCCAUACUGCCAAACCUUCACACCUCCCAUCUAUCUACGCCUCUGAAAUUGCUCGCAUCGUCAUUCUCAAGCUCUGGCUUAACAUCCAAUAUCCUUUCACCGGCGGACCAGCUCCCGACCGACCCCGAGUUUCAAAAGAGACUAUGCUGCGUACUGCGAUCUCGAUUAUUGAGCUGCGAGAGCGUAUGACGAAAAACCAGUGGGAAGAUCGGUUUGCCUGGUGGACAGACACCUAUGUGCAAUGGCAUCCUCUCGCAGUUGCAUUGGCAGAACUCUGCGUACAGACAGAGGGAGAGUUAGUAGACAAGGCUUGGGUGGUUGUGGAGAGAACAUUUCCAUCGUCACGAGAGCACAUUGCAGACACAGCGAAAGGUUCACUUUGGCGACCUAUCAAGAAACUGCUCAAGAAAGCAAGAGCGGCGAGAACCGAAGCGCUGCUCAAGCGUAUGGAUUUUAACUCCAGCAUGAACCUGGAUCCUGCAACCUCUUUCAUACGUCCUGCAAUGAACAAUAUGGCUCAACCAUUGCAGUAUGGUACGAACCCGCAGAUGAAUAUUCCUUCGUCGGGGCCAGGUUUGACAUCACAGUACGACACGAGCAGCAUGGAUCCUUCAAUACUGUUCGAUUCACCAGAAACACUGAAUCUCGACUUUGGUAUGGGCUUGGAGCAAGGCGUGCCUAUGGAAUGGACAUAUUGGACAGAAUUUUUCAACGAUACACAGAUAGAAACAUCUCCGGGGAGCGGGACAGGCGAGUCGUCAUAAUAGUUCACAAUCGGUAGUCUUUGUUACUUUUUAAAUCCCAAUCAAUUGUUUUCACACCAGGCAGCAUCCGCAUGCUCAGAAUUUUUGGUUCAUUCAAUGCCCGUUUUAUUGAGCAAAGUCAGUUGAUAUUUCCAUGAUCCGUUGUA